UGUAGAGGGAACAUUUUGAAAAUGAACCUUUCCGCAAAUGUUAACGUUACCGCCGUUUGUAUUUUUAGCAGGAUAACUGGGUUAUUUUUCGCAAUUUCCAAAAUUCCACUCUAGCUUUUCAACCGCCGCUGGUUUUUGUGGUGUGCAAGGAAGAUAUUUCAUCAGACUUAGAUUUUUUUUUUCUCGUUUUCAGAGUGCAGCGCCGCCUUAAACUUUAUUCGGGAUAUUGUGCACUGACGUGACCUGACAAAAAGUAUUUUAAAGAGCACCCAAGCCAGCCCAAAGCUCAAACUAAGGAAGUUAUUGACUGUGCUGAGGCUAUUGCCAGUUACGCACGAGUGGUCUUGUUGUUGCUCAACACCACGGCACUAAAUAAAGGCAAGAGCGGAAGUCUUCGUAGUUUCCAUUUUUAAAACUUUUAAAAGUAGGAAGGGGAUUUUUUUCUACGAAGCUUAAGGAUCAUCUUGAAAAACGUAAAAUUCUUGUCCUUGAUUUUUUAAAAGCGGAAUCAAUGUAAAUGAGAGAUUGAUACGGUGCAACACUUCCAUCCGAUUUUCGUUUUAAUUCCGCAGCAUAGCAUAUUACAAAAUCCAAACCGCGCAUUCGAAAAAAGUAGAAGCUUGCUUUUGAAUAAACGGUUGACCAACAAUAAAGAGGAAGCUUCUAGGUACCUUUUACGAGCCCUGAUCCAUUGAAAUCUAUCGGUUAUUGUCAUGUUGUUGUAUAUUGCCAUUUUGUUGUAUUUUGUACAUUAUUCAUAACGAGUUAUCGCUGAAACCUAACAAAUUAUCAAAAAUUAGCUCGAUCGAAAAGUCACUCAACAAUAAACCUAUCCGCAAGACGGCAGAUAGGGAAGACGUAAAGACUGUUGUCAUCUUUAAAAGGAAAAUAGAAGAGAAUCACAAGUGAAAAAACUUACGUAACGUUACUGAAACGGUUGAAUAUUCCGCGUAACGGUUCGUGGCUUUUAUUUGUAAAACUUACGCCCACGCCUACUCUACACGGUUCGCUAAAUAUGCUAAACACAACAUUGAACAUAAAUUAUGACCACGUGUAAAACUUGUUUAAAGGAAGUGUUAAAAGGAGGGGAAGCCAGCAACACCCAAAACUCCUCUAAUGAAUAAAUCGAUUUUGAGAAAAGUAGAAAGGGAAGGAAAAGUAUCAAAUAGUUCUUUUAAAACAGGUAACAGAUAGAACCAGUCAGAUGAUGGGCCUUGGAAAUGGCUAAUUAAAUGUGGAAUUAAUUGUUCCGGGAUGUAAAGAUUUUUCCUUUUUUUUUCCUAUCGAAAGUACCUCUUAUAGACCUGUAUCACCUGAUCAAAACUUAUUUUUCGUUGCUAGCUUCGAUUUCCGAAUAUAACUGCUUUGUUUCACGAGAUGACGUCAGCAAAGGAAUUAAAAAACAACUGAUAGUUUCACGUAGACGUAGAUACCAUAACCUCUAUUAAAUGAGAUAGGCGUACUUGCGCCAGCAGGUGCAAACGGGAAAUCAUAAGAAAUUACUCCUGUUUUUCCCCUUAGAAACGUGAUGCCUAUUAAUUCUUAUUAAGGCUGCGAUCAUGAGAUUUUAAAAUAGACAAGGAAGCAACAUAGUUUCCAUUGAAUUCGUUGCACUUAAUUGCCUCGAGUCUCUUACGCCAAUUAUUCAAUCCGCAUUCUCUCAGAACGGACGAAGAAGCAUACUCCUACUUUCUGAGACAAUUCUUUUUUGUUAAACGAAACUCCUAAAAUGGACGACCGGUGUAAUUCCUUAAAAUAUAUUUUUAGUCACGAGAGCCAUGUCCACUGCUGUGUCAGCUAUAAAAGUUCGUGCUCCUUUAAGGACGAUUCACAGAGUUCAGAACUUUACAGUGAGCACAUAAAAGUGAGUUCCUUGGAGAACGCUGGGACAAUUUCUUAUUAAUUAAUCUCCAUGAUGAUUUGCUUGAAGUCGAAGGACGUCGUCUAUACAACUACGGUUGUUUUGUUGCUGCUGUUCGCCGUUUAUGAAUUUGCUGAAAGCAAGCCAACAAUUCCAGCCAAGGAAAUCGAAGAUUUAGAUCUCUUAGCCGGGGACAUGGCAUCCGAAAUGGCAGGUGAUUCCGCAGAGUACGAGGCAGAAGAAGAUGUACUGCUUGACGAUGAGAAGAGAGUCGGACGAGACACGGAGAGAAGCAAACCGACCGUUCCCGCUGAGGACGACAUUAUGACCCUGAUAUCUACUCUUCCAGAUGAUGAAGUGGACGAUGGUGCACUUAGAGGCAGGGGGAAAAAAGUCAGACGAGAUACAGCGAAUAAUAGUUGUGUAAAAGACUACAGAUACAAGAGAAUCGCUGACGGGAUCACUGUAAAAACAGUAGUUUGCGUGAACGGGUGUUAUGAGAUCUACGGGGUGUUCCAUCCACCGCACAGAGAUCAGCGACUGAUACUUCCUGUAGAUUGCAAAAAGAAGUAAAUAGAUCCACUGGAACUAAAUAAGGGUGUUACAGCUGUAAUAAGAGAUGAUUUUAUCAUUGCCAGAGCGUAAAUCCAAUUAUUUAAUAAUUUUUAUGAGUGGUUCAAGCUUGAACAAACUACGCAACCCAACUAUGUUGGAAAUUGUCUAUUUAUAGUGUUA